ACUCUGUUUUUCAGGUGUGUCAGCCCAGUCCUUCCUUCACUGCUUUACACUGACUAGCUCUGCUUUUAAUCUGCAAGUUGCGACUCCUGGGGGGAAGUCCAUUGAUUUUGUGGAUGUGAACGAGAGCAACAUGCGCUGGAUACAGGACUUUCGUAUGAAAUCCUACGCGAACCCUGCCAAGUUGGAGUCGAUUGAUGGUGCUCGAUACCAUGCGUUGCUCAUUCCAAACUGUCCUGGGGCUAUGACUGACCUUGCAAACAGUGGGUACCUGGCUAAGAUACUGCAGCACUUCAGCACUGAGAACAAGCCUAUCUGUGCGGUUGGACAUGGAGUUGCAGCUUUGUGUUGUGCCACCAAUGAGGACAAAUCCUGGGUAUUUCAAGGAUACAGCCUGACAGGGCCCUCUGUGUAUGAACUAGUAAGGCAGCCUAAUUUUGCCAGUCUGUCCAUUAUUGUGGAAGAUUUUGUGAAAGACUCUGGAGCUACGUUUAGUGCCAGCAAUCCUGAUGCUGUACAUGUCGUGCUGGACAGGCACCUGGUGACAGGACAGAAUGAGAAUUCCACUCUUCCUGCGGUCCAGAAUCUUCUUAUUCUUUGCAACGUCAGCAGGAAAUGAAGGAGCAGGUCUCUUUGCAAAUAGGAUGGAUGAAGAGCCAGCAGGCUAAGGAUUUUCUUGUCUGUUAACUGGAUAAAACAUGCCUCUAAAUUUCUGUCCUGGACUAUGAAGUGACUGUGACAGUCAAGUGGCAAUGUCAGGUUUUGCGUAUAUAGAAUGGAUGAAGGUUGUGAAUAAGAAAACUUUGAAGUGCAUCACACUUCAGAAGCAACUAUGAAAACCACCUUGCAUUUUUGUUGCUACAUCUUUUUUCACUGCUUCUUUCUAGACUCUUAAUUUACAGAUGUGGGGAACUGUCUUUUUAAAAAAAAAGUUGAUGCUCUGAAUACAAAUUGCUGAAGCUGAAGGCCUUGCUCUAGGUUGACGUUAUUCUGAUUGUUAGUAACUCUGCCCCAAAGAGCCCUUGGAACUCUGUGAACCAUCUGGUGUUUGUUUCAAAUAUCAAAAUCUACACCUAGAGCUCCAUCGAAAUGCAAUUUCAGAUGCAUUCUCACCUUUCUUUUGGUAGGUCACAAAGUUAACUGUCCGAACUCUGAAUGUGUCUGGGACACUUGGAUAUACUUGGAAUAGGAUGGAAAAUGCUUAGCUAAACUCUGAAUAAAGCAGUACCAGUUGUUUGAAGGCUGA